AUUGAAGUCCUAUCUUCAUGGCUGCGACUGAGGACUUUGUACUGUUAGCAUUUCAUAAUAUGUGGGAAAUAUGGAAGCUUCUUACACUGAUUAUGUGUCAUCUCUGGCUUUUCGAAAUCCAAGCCUAAAUAUACUCUCUGAUUUUCUUCGUCACCAGCCCCGAAAGCCCUCCGACAGCCAUGUCAGCUUUAUCGAGAUAGAGAAGACUGGGAGUGCGGGUCCACCCCAAGAAAGCAACACAAAUCAACUCAUGACCCGGGUUGAUUCUGGGCUGAACAAUAGAAUCAUCGCAGUGGUCGAGAAUAUUCACCCCGAUGAUAUAGAGGUUCUCGGUGCAUCUCUUGAUAUUGAUCCGUUCUUCUUCUGUGGCCACAUCGCGUCGUCGUACGCAGACAUCGAACACACUCCUGCGCCACCAUUACUAGCUUUACCACCGUCCCAAAUUGUCUCGAAGCCAUUUCUCAACAUCCAUUACCAGAAGGUCCUUGAUUUGGGCGAUGAGUCUUCCGUGGGCCAUGUACCAUAUAAACUCGCCUUGCCGGCGAAUGUUCCUCGGAAUAUUAGACGUCUGCCCGCACUGUCGGGUAGAUCGAUUGGUCUCCGUCGAGCAUGUACCUCAUUGAUAAAGAAAGAUCUGUCUAGUGAUGUCUGGAUAUGUUUAAUCCUUGUGGAUCCUGCGCCUGACGUUGUGCGACCAGCAAGCAGCACAUCCCACGUUCUGCACUCCAAAAUCCCUCAAAUACCACGUCGAAUCGCUGUUGAGGACUUCCGCGAUCUACCAACUUAUGCUGAAUUCAAAGGCUCGAAUGGGAGCCAAAACAUCCAACCUCUCAGCCCGCGCGAGGAGAUUUUAAGUUUCUUCCAUGACUCGUCUCCAGGGUGGAACGCAGGAAAUCCCAGCAUUUUGUCCCUUGCUUACCAUCCCAUCCAGUCUGUCAUUAGGGAGUGGAUUCUAUAUGGCUUGCUGAUGGGUCGCUAUAUCAAGUACUACGAGUACUCGUUCAAAUCGGCACCCACACGGCUCGAGCAUUUCGAGAAAAACGAUAUAAUAGAUCUGCAUCGAUGGCGACGGCGGAGUCUGCAAAGUCUGCACAAGUUGCAGACGGUUCGGCGCUUUGUCGAAUACUGGAUGCCAAAGGAGCAAACCCUCUACCAACACGAAGUAACACCCAAAGUAUCAUCCUCAUCACAGGAACUACCGAGCUGGAACCUCCUAAUCGCCGAUCUCAAAUACUCAGAAGAGCAGAUCGAUCAACACGCUCGAUCCCUUGAAGCCUUGAAUCCGAUAAUCACUUCGCUAGUGCAACUCAUUGACUCCCACAAGUCCAUCUCCCAAGCGGAGGAUAUCCGGCGUUUGACGUACAUCGCUAUGGCUUGUGUACCGUUAUCCCUUAUCGCUGGGGUCUUCAGUAUGAGUGAGCCGUAUGGGCCUGGGAAUGAUCAGUUCUGGGUAUAUUGGGUGACUGCGCUGCCAACUGCGGCGUUUAUUAUGGGUUUUUUGUGGCUGGAUAGUAGGAUUCCUGAUUUUCUGCGUUUUGGGUUUUGGGCACAGAUGAAGAAGAGGGUGAGGGUUUCCAGUCCUGUUUAGCCAGUGUUUGAAUUAUCGCAGGGCAGGACCCUCUUCUUUUUGUUAUUUUUCCUUUCUUUAUUUUCCAUUUCUUGCCGCAGCUUUAUUUCAGUUGAACAAAGAAUACAG